AUGGACACCAAAGAAACCCAUCAUGUUGAAUGUCAAGAUAUUCCGGCCUCGGGAGUAGUCGAGAACGACGAGCCAGGUAGCGUGUUUGAGCUCACUGGCGCGAGCCUGGCACCUUGGCGUCGAAGAAGCGUGAUGUUGUCGCUAUGCUUGGCUCUUUUCCUUUCAGCCCUCGACGUGACAAUCGUUGCUACAGCCCUUCCUACGAUCGCGAAGCAAAUCAAUGCCAGUGCCGCCGCGUACGCCUGGAUUGGAAGCGCCUACACUCUGUCCAGCACGGCCUCGGUCCCCGUAUGGGCCCAACUCUCGAACAUCUUUGGCCGAAAACCCAUCAUAAUGAUUGCCAAUUUCGCAUUCUUAGGAGGCAGUCUUAUUCGCGGUGUCACAAAGUCUGUCGGGAUGCUCAUUGGCGGGCGAGUCGUACAAGGGUUGGGUAGUGGCGGCUGCCUGAUAAUGGUGACGGUUAUCAUUGGGGAUAUGUUUGAAGUGAAGGAAAGAGCCAAAUAUUAUGGCCUGACAGGUAUUGUGUGGGCAAUCUCAAGCAGCUUCGGGCCCAUUUUGGGUGGUGUUUUUACGCAAACUAUUGGCUGGAGAUGGUGUUUUUUGAUCAAUCUUCCCUUUGAUAGCGUGUCUCUCGGAGUACUAUUUUUCGCACUGAAAUCUCAUGCAAAGAAGAUACCUAUCAUGACUGGCCUAAAGUCCCUUGACUGGAUUGGUUCAGUCUUGAUCAUUGGUGGUGCUGUGUGCUUUCUAUACGGUCUCCAAGUCGGUGCAUCCGUUCAAAGGCCCUGGAAAAGCACCACAGUGAUAUGCCAGUUGGUUUUCGGUGUUGUUAUUCUUGGGAUGUUCGGCUUCUACGAAGCCCGCUUUGCGACCAACCCGCUCAUUCCAGGCCGAAUACUGUCCUCUCGGACCAAUUUUGCUUCCAUCAUCGUUUUAUGUUUUCACAGUUUUGUCUUUGUUUCUUAUGACUACUUCCUGCCGCUUUAUUUUCAGGUGGCGUUGGGCUUUGACGCUAUAAUAUCUGGUGUUUGUUUGCUAGCUUUGGUUAUGCCGCUGUCAGCCUUUACAAUGGGCAUUGGCUGGUACGUCAGACGGAAAGGAGACUACCAAUGGCCCAUCUGGACCCUGACGGUGAUCCCCGGCCCACCUUCCACAACGAAGAUGGAGUACCACUUUACGAGGCUCGAGUGGGAUACUGGUUCCGAAAGCAUUGGUUGGGGACAGAAAGCGACCGCCUUACAUAUUGCAGCUCUUCGCGGGAACCUCGAUGGGAUUCGAGCGCUAGCGGAUAACCUAGGCGAUGUUGACAUUGCAGAGAUGGCUUCGACGCCCGAUGGCUCUGGGCGACUUCCACUCCACUGGACCUUGGUUGGUGCCAAGGAUCGCCGCGUGGAGCUUUUUGGCAGAGUCGACCAGGAAGAAAUUACGGCUCACGUUACGCGCACUGUGGAAGUGCUCCUCAAAGCCAAUCCAGACACACUCGCCUUGCGGGAUCAGGGGGGUUAA